CUAAAUAGAUUCUGUUUUUAUUCCCCAUUUUAAAAAUGAGGAAACUGAGGCAAACAAGUAAUGUACCCAGGUCAGGGAGGUAAAGAGCAGUCUUCUCAAGGGUGUGAACUCCUUUUUCAUUGUUUCUGAGUUGUGAGUUCUUUGAUGUACUCACAAGGUGUUGUUACUGAGGAUCGAUGACUUGGUGAGGAAGAACAAAAGAAUUUUUUAUUGGUUCACACCUGAUAAGAUUGUAGAGUUCACACCUUCCUUGAGUGAGUGGGAAAGGGGAGGAGAAUCUGGGAGGAAAAGUCCUAUAAAAGCCCAGUCAUGGCUCAGUCUGAGAAGUCUCUGUUCAGGGUCUAGAUUUCAGCUGGAGCUCUAUUCCUGACCAGGCCUAUUCCAGGAUUUGUGGACAUUGUGGAGAUCCAGGGAGGGAGAACAAGAGAAAGAACUGCUGAGAGGUUCAACAAGAUCACUGACCUUUUGAGUAGUAAGAAGGACCAAUAGAAGAGAUCUGAAAAUCAAAUGGCCAAGGCUUGGCAGCUGCUUAUAUGAAAUUUCUCCAGUCAGGAGGGAAAAACUGACUACCAAGGGAUUCCUACUAUUGGGUUCUUCCAAUUUAGAAGCAGGGAGUGGGCUCUCCAGACUGCUAGAGAUAGAGAUCAACAACAGAAAUUGAAAAUGAGCAUGGCUCACAUGAAACAGAAUUCUGGCCAAGAAAGAAGAGGACUUUCUCAGAGGAGGUCUUUUCCAGAAAACGAAGAUCAGGGACGAUCUCCUCUAGACAGAGAUUGCAGAGAAAAAUGCAGACGGUAUACAGAAAUAGCAGCAACUCAGAGAUCACCUGUUCAUGAAGAGCCCCCAACAAAGAGGAAGAAAGAAGAUGUGGACCCACUUCUCAUUCACACUGGUGGUGCUUAUAUUCCUCCAGCAAAACUCCGAAUGAUGCAAGAACAGGUUACAGAUAAAAACAGCUUAGCUUACCAAAGGCUGAGCUGGGAGGCCUUAAAGAAGUCCAUCAAUGGUCUUAUCAAUAAGGUGAACAGGUCUAACAUAGGAAUUAUCAUUCAAGACCUCCUUCAAGAAAAUAUUGUUAGAGGAAGGGGGUUGCUAUCUCGAUCUAUUUUGCAAGCACAAAAUGCUUCUCCAGUCUUUACCCACAUUUAUGCUGCUCUUGUGGCAAUUAUCAACUCAAAGUUUCCAAACAUUGGAGAACUUAUCCUCAAGAGGUUAAUUCUCAAUUUUAGAAAAGGCUAUCAAAGAAAUGAUAAACAGCUUUGUCUAAAUGCUACAAAAUUCAUUGCGCAUCUCAUGAACCAGGAGGUGGCACACGAAGUUUUGUGUUUAGAGAUGCUGACCUUACUUCUUGAAAGGCCAACAGAUGACAGUGUUGAAAUAGCCAUUGGAUUGCUCAAGGAAUGUGGCCUAAAAUUAACAGAAGUAUCACCGAGAGGAAUCCACGCUGUAUUUGAACGCCUUCGAAACAUUCUGCACAGUUCGGAAAUUGACAAACGAGUUCAGUAUAUGAUUGAAGUGAUGUUUGCAGUACGUAAGGAUGGAUUCAAGAAUCACCCUGUUAUUGUGGAAGGACUUGAUCUAGUCGAAGAAGAAGACCAGUUCACUCAUAUGCUUCCAUUGGAAGAUGACUAUGAUACAGAGGAUGCUCUUCAUGUUUUCAAGCUAGAUCCUAAUUUCAUGGAAAAUGAAGAGAAAUACAUAACUAUUAAGAAAGAAAUUCUCAAUGAAGGUGACAGUGAUUCCAGCACAGACCAAGAUGCUACAAGUAGUGAAGAUGAUGAGGAGGAGGAGGAGCAAGUAGGGGAUGAGGAAGGACAAAAAGUGAUCGUCCUUGACAAAACAGAAAUCAAUGUGGUAUCAUUCCGGCGUGCAAUCUAUCUUGCCAUUCAGUCAAGUUUAGAUUUUGAAGAAUGCGCUCACAAAUUGCUGAAAAUGGAGUUCCCUGACAGCCAGAUGAAAGAACUUUGCAACAUGAUACUUGAUUGCUGUGCCCAAGAGAGGACAUAUGUGAAGUUUUUUGGCUUAUUGGCAGGGCGUUUCUGUAUGCUAAAAAAGGAAUACAUGGCAUCCUUUGAGGGCAUUUUCAAGGAACAGUAUGAUACCAUACAUCGCUUGGCAACAAGCCAAUUAAGAAAUGUGGCCAAGUUGUUUGCACAUCUUCUAUAUACCAAUUCACUUCCAUGGAGUGUUCUUGAAUGUAUCACACUGAGUGAAGAAACUACUACGUCUUCCAGUAGAAUUUUCAUCAAAAUACUUUUUCAAGAACUCUGUGAAUACAUGGGACUUCCUCAGCUGAAUGCAAGACUGAAGGAUGAAACGUUGCAGCCAUUCUUUGAAGGAUUACUGCCCCGAGAUAACCCAAGAAAUACCAGGUUUGCCAUCAACUUCUUUACCUCCAUAGGUCUUGGGGGUUUAACUGAUGACUUAAGAGAACAUCUUAGAGGAGGCCGUGUGGGUGCAGCUCCUGGACCUCUGGUCUAG